AUGAGUGAGCUACUCACUGGCAAUACUCCCCAACAGUAUUAUCAAGGCAGAGUCAACCCGAACAUAUUGUCGAAUGAAUGGCAAAGAAAAUUCGAGGAGUCAUCUACGUCAUUGUCAUCACCACCCCGAGUGCCCAAGGAGAACGAACUCAUUAAGCAUAGUCCAAUACCAGAGCCAAGAGCCAAACCAUUGGCAAAACGCUCGGGCGAAGUCGUUGUAUCAAGGAGACGCACCCGCAACAAAUAUGCCUUGCCCGAACCCCCACUCCCGCCCAGCGGCCGCCUGGGUUCGGAUGUGCCGGUCCAGUCCAUGAAGCCAUCAUCGAUCCGCAUUGUGAAUCAGCCAAACACUUUCUCACUAGAGAAUGGGGCACCCGGGCCCUUUGUGGUUCAAGUCAAUGGUGGCGUGCUCCAGAAGCAGAUCAUAUUGGGUCGCCGUGCGCGCAGGCGUCCUCUCAGAGAACACUACUUGCAACUCUCCAUCGUUGGCAACGAGGGCAUCCGCAUUCCCGACCACUAUAGUUUUAGGUAUCUAGACAUUGGUGGUCGGGCAACCGUGGCACUAUCCCUCUCCCUGGACCCUGGCGUCGCCCUGACACCGUUCAGGGUGAUCGUAGAUGUCUUCUACCGAGGUGUACCUGUCUGUGGCUGUACAUGUGUGUCCGACAGCAUCCAAUGGACAUUGUAG